UCGAAAUUUCGACGGAAGAAACUGAGCUCUGAAUCUGAUUGACAGCGCCCCUUCUUCUCUUUUCUCUCUAUUUCCCGCUCGUUGUGGUUCAUGGAUUCGAACGCAGCGGCCGCCGUAGCGACGGUCGCCGGAGAAGAAGAGGACUGGGAGCUCUGCAACGACGACGGAUUCGUCUACAAGCGGAAGAGGCGCCGGCUCGACCCGGCGGAAGCCGUCGCAGCUCGCUCGUCGGUGGCCCAAGCGGCGGACAUUGAGGCGGAGGAGAAUCGGCGGCGAGAGCGCAGGAGGAAGACGUUGUUGAAGGUUAGGGCGAAGUAUCAGAGAGAGAUUGAGCAGUGGGAGGUUUUGUCGAGAAACUUGCGGGCGAUGGAGGAGCGGAAUCGGAGGCUGCAGGAACAGUACCGGCGGGAAGGGGAAGAAGGAACGGUGCCGCUUGCGGAGGCUUCCUCGUUGUCCGUUGUUCAGCAGAGGGAGCUAUCACGCGCGUCAAUGGUGGAAGAUCUUCUCUCUCAGGUGGAAGCUCAGGAAUCAAUCAUUCAUCAUGUUUCAAAGCUUUGUGAUAUAGCCGAAGCUCUGUGCCAGACACAAGAGGACAGAUUGAAACAGUGUCUAAUCGACCUUCCCAUUUGGGCAUCACCCCGCGAGCUCAUGGCCUCACUGUGUGACGAGUAACGGUGCGAGAAGGCGAUGAAGAGGAACAGCAGCUUGGGAGCAUCCAUUUGUAAGAUCUUACUAUGUAAAACUAGUCUGAAUACUAUCAAAUCACCAAAUUGUAGCCUUCUUGUGGAGACCACAGUUUGUGCCUCUCCCUCAUCAGACAUCAUGCUCUUCUUUGUAGAUUGUUGUAAGAAUUUAAAUGUUGAUAUUGUUAGAAAUGUUCAUUUUAUGGAAGUGUGAAAAUAUAGACAUGUUGAUGAA